AUUCCUAUGACUUUAUUGAAAUAAUUCAUUUAAACUUUACCUUAAAGUGAUUUGUCAUUUGCUUAUGGAUCAGCUGUUUAACCAUAAUUCAAUUAUGAUUAUACAAAAAAUAAACCUAUGAUAGAUUUAAUUAUUGCAGUAGAUAAUGUAGAAGAGUGGCAUCAACAGAAUAUUCAAAUCAAUUCAGCAGUAUAUAUAUUACUACCAUAGCAUUAUAGUGGUUUAAGUUAUUAUUUAGGAAGUCGAUUCAUAUAGAGAAUGAAUGUUGAAAUAUUUCCUAUCCAUUUCAGUCCAUUUGUUUAAUAUUAAGAUUUGAAAUUAAAAUAUGGUGUUGUGUCAACUAAAGAAUUAAUCAAAGAUCUAGAAAGUUGGAAAUGGUUGUCUAUUGCUGGUAGAAUGUAGAAACCAAUAGUAACUAUUUAAGAAUUUGAAAAUUUGCGAUAUUAAAGAGCAUGCAUUUCUAAUUUAUAAAGUGCAAUAGCUAUAGCUAUUUUAAUGGAUUUCAAAUAAUCUAUGUCAUUAUAAGAGUUACUUUAUAGUGUUAUAAGUUUAUCUUAUUAUGGUGAUAUUAGAUUUACUUUGGGAGGUGAAAACCAAAAUAAAGUUUUCAAUAUUCUCAAAGGAAAUUAUAAAAAUAUAACUGAUCUUUACCUUUCUAAUCUAGGUGAUCUAAAUAAUGUGAUUAAAAUUUAAAAAGAUGGUGAGAUAUUAAUUGAUAAUAGUGUGAAAUCAUUGUAAUAUAUUUUUAUUUGAUUUUAGGGAAUUCUUAUGUUCUUUGAUACCUGGAUAAUUAUUAAGUAUUGUAUUAGGUGAAAAAGAUAAUAUGGGAACUUUAAAAAUGAUGAGUUAAGAAAGAAUCAAUGAUCUUAUUAAAGAAAGUGUUAAAAGAAAAAAUCAAUUUUCUUCAAGACGUAUGCUAUUUUAUAAUUUGGCUAUGAUUUCUCCAUUCUUAAGUGUUAAAUAUGGAAUUUAGAAGUUAAGCAAACGCUUUAAAUGA